GUGGCGCCCGGGGUCGCUGGAGUGGUGGUCUCCGCUUGGAGUCACUCGGGUUGUGUUUCUCUGCGUGUCGAGCGGCACACCCACAAUAAACUGCCUACUAGAAGUAAUAAACCAGCGCGCGGUGGACUUUAAAAGAGGCUGUCACCUUGUAAUGGAACAAAGUGGAGCUGACCAUGAUACUACUAUGGAAGGAUCUAACCAUUUGUUCAUAGGCAGCUGUAAUGGUACAGAAGAGUCAGAAACAAAUGGUCAGGUGGUUUUUCAGAAGUUGCUACUCAAAGUACAUUUUACUGUUUUUCCUCUGUGAAAGCAACUAACGUGCAUGGAUUCCAGGGAUUCAUUGUUUGGCCAGAGUGACUCUCCCCCAGCCCUGCCCAUCACAGUCCCCCUCUCGGGCAGCCCUCCAGCAUCGGCAGUGCCGGCGCGGCCGCCGCAGCCGCGGUCCCACUCUGCAGAGGAGUUCCACCUGGCAGAGCAGCCCAGGCAGCCCCUGUGCGAGCUGCAGCCCCUGGGAGGGCCUGGUGCACCCAUGAUGAUUGUUGCCAGCCAGUCAGAAAAUGGACAGGUGCUGCAUGUCAUUCCUCCUGCCCAGCCAGGAGUGACCCAAGUGAUUAUCCCUCCAGGUCAGCUUCUGGAUGUGACCGGCUCACAGGAUAUUUCAGAAGAGAAGUGUGGUGAUGGGAACCUGCAGACUGUGGUGGUGGCUUCUAUAGCAGACAGUGCAAGCAGUUACAUUCUACAUCCACAGGCAUCUCUCACCAUAUCUAAAAAAACAAGCACAAGGGUAGUGGAAGAUUCUUUUCCCGUCCCUCUUCAGCCGUUGCCACUAAAUACACCUGCAUGGGCACGCCGUCUCAGGAACUGUGAGAGAAUUGGGGACUCGUACCGCGGCUAUUGCGUGAGCGAGGCAGAGUUAGAGAGCGUUCUCACGCUCCACAAGCAGCAAACACAGAGUGUCUGGGGGACGCGCCAGUCUCCAAGCCCAGCCAAACCCGCCACACGCUUGAUGUGGAAAUCUCAGUAUGUCCCAUAUGAUGGGAUCCCCUUUGUCAAUGCAGGAAGCAGAGCCAUUGUAAUGGAGUGCCAGUAUGGGCCAAGGAGGAAAGGAUUUCAGCCCAAAAAAGCUGGUGAGCAGGAAAGCACCUCUGGCCAGCUGUACAAAGCCACUUGUCCAGCAAGGAUCUAUAUUAAAAAGGUUCAAAAGUUUCCAGAAUACAGGGUUCCUACUGACCCUAAAAUUGACAAGAAAAUCAUAAGAAUGGAGCAGGAGAAAGCAUUCAACAUGCUGAAGAAGAACUUGAUAGAUGCUGGUGGUGUCCUCAGGUGGUAUGUACAGUUACCUACUCAGCAAGCCCACCAAUAUCAUGAAAUGGACACUUCCUGCCUCCCUCCUUCACCGUCCCAUCUUUCUGUGUCUUCUCCUGAGGAGGAGGAGGAAGUAAUUCGAGAUGAGAACAGUACGCCACCUUCUCGACUUCAUCCUCAAGUGGCAGACAAGAUCCGAGAGCUGGUGUCUCAGGGAAUAGAGCAGGUCUAUGCAGUGAGGAAGCAACUGAGAAAGUAUGUGGAGAGAGAAUUGUUCACGCCUGAUGAAGUGCCAGAAAGACAUAACCUGUCCUUCUUCCCCACUGUGAAUGACAUCAAGAACCACAUUCAUGAAGUGCAGAAGUCCCUAAGGAAUGGAGAGAUAGUGUAUAGUUCGGAAAGUAUCCCAGCAACGCUGCAGUGGACCACAGACAGUGGGAAUGUCCUCACUGAAACAGUGACUGUUGCAUUUGCCUCACCACCUUCAGAUGGGAGCUCAGGAGUGGAGUCAGUCAUCACCAAAGCAGAAUCUUGCCAGAGUGGGGAGUCCUUGGUACCAGAAACAACUCAGCUGUUGUCUUCACUCUCUUCACUUCAGCCCAAGAUAUUUGCACAAUUUCAGGGAUUGCAGCUGCAGUCAACAUUUACCUCAACAAAUGGAUCAACAGCCCUGCUAGCUGUAAAUAACCAUUCCCCUCCCAGCCCUGCAAGUCUCCUGGAUUCCCUGGGCAGUGCAAUAAGCACCCAUUCUCUAGCACUGAGUCAGGGGCAUGGUCUGCAAGCAGCUGCUGGCCUCACACAGGACAGUGGUGCUGCGCCUGCUUUUGGGACUCUGCCUGGCUCUGAUCAGAGUCUGGUUGCCGUGGGCCAGCUGGUACCAGCUGAAGGGCUGGAUGACUCCAGAAGCCUGGAAGGAGGAGUGCACCAGAUUCUCUUGGGAGAUGUACAGACUGUUCCAGUACGGAUUGUGGACAGCCAGCCAGCACUUACUGAAGAAAAUACCGAGGGUAUUGUUACCUGUGUUAAACAAGAACCAAAAGAAAAAGCAUUGUCUAUGGAGACAGAUAAAAUCAGAGACUGCCACAGUUCCUCACCAUAGUUCUUCACCUUCACCUGUGAAGCCUGGAAGGAUUUUUCAAAUUGGAGAACUCUAAAUGUCUUGGAAGGAAGGGCAGGUGCUCCCAAAGUCCUGCCAUUCUUUUCAAAUUGUAUUAUGACAUUCAGACUAAGCAUAUUUUAGAGUACUUCUGACAGAAAGCUGUUUUGGUUUGACUGAUGUGGCUCACUGCCAACUCCAGGUCAUGCAGUUGCUCUGUGGAACACCAUCUCUCUCUUCUGUUUCAAGUUUUGAGUAAUUUGGAUUCUAUCCAAAUGGCACAUUUUGUUCAUUGUUUCUGAAGGUCUUCCACAAUUUAAUUCCUUAGCUUUAGAAUGUGGAUCACAAUGCUGGGAUCACAUUUUCUCCUUGAGACCCUUGACUCUUAUUGCACUACAGAGACCAUAGAAUUUGUCAGCUCCAAGAUCACAGAAUCCAACAGCAAAGUGGACCAGUAUGGCAAUGGUUUUGUGACAAAGGAAGGUCCAGGAUGCUAAACUUCAAAGUGAUAAAGGACAUGGAUGCUUAAGAAAAUGCAACUUUGACCAUAAUGUUAAUGAUGUGAAGAUCAAGGAGAGGAGAAAGGUGAGGUUGCCAGGUGAAUGUAAGGUUGUAUGAUAAAGGAAAGUGUGUGAAUUGUAACGGUGAAUGUUUUUGACUUGUCAGCUUUGAACUUAAGUUCUGGCUUCAUAAUGAGGGUUAUUGAUGCAUGCAGCUUUCCUUUGCAGUGAUAUUGUAUUUGCAGUUGGUCAUAACAAUGCAGGAGUCUUUCUCAUGGAAAGUGAUUGAUGCUGCUAUUUCAGCUUACCUACCUCUUGCUUUCUGCACUUAAAGCUACCAGCUCAGACAGAUGUGCUGUUGUUUGGUAUGUAGAGCUUGUGGAUGCAUUCCUUACAAAGAGAAGCCCAAGAAAACAAAGGAAGUAAUCAAAGUAAUAUGUCCAAGUAUACUGUCACCACAGCAUUCAGAAAACAAACUCUUCUUUUUCAAAAGUGGCAUAUUCUAAGACUUAUGUGGUCCAUACAAUUAAAAUAGUUACCAGGAAUCUUUAGAAAAUUGAGUGAUAAAAAUUAAGGUUUAGUAAUAUUUGAGUUAAAGCCAUAGUAAGUGAGUGACAAGCACUGAGCUGCGUAAUGUGUGACAGAAGUUUCCUGAAGAAAAAAAAAUUGCACCUACAAAAAACUUGGAAUCAAUUUAAAGCUAUAAAUUAAAUUAAACUGAUGCCAACAUAGAUACCAAGUUAGGCAAUUGCAUUGUUUCCUUCAGAUGUUGAAUUCCUAGAGCAACAUUCAGAGAAGUUUUCAUACAGCAAUAGGAGCCUUUCUGGUUUUAGUUCCUAUUAAGUGGUUGAGAGCUUGAUCAUAAAAUUAGAGGGUUUUUUCCUGCACGCUAUAUAAGAACUCUGUGUGAGGGACUUUUCUCUUUUUCAGACUUGAAAACAAAUGAACAAACAAAGAACCCCAGGAAAAUUUUUAGUUCAUUUAUGUAGAAAAUAAAGUGUUGUAAAUAUUAUAUGAACCAAAAUAUUAAUAUUUUAUAUUGUUACAUUUAACUUGCAUAAAAGCAUUCACAAGCAUCUUCUAAAUAGUGGCCAUUUAAAAUUAUUUCUCAUUUUCUUUUGAGUAUUCAAAACUAAAACUUUCAGAAGUCUUAUAUUGAACUUGUGUUCCAAAUGCCUUUGCAACAUCUGUUCAUUAAGUGCUAUAUCUUAGAUGUAAUGUACAUUAACCUCUCUGAGGUUAAUAACUUUGUAAGCACUUUUGUUUAAAGCUGAUAUUUAUGGGUUAGCUCCUAUUAGAAUUUUCCAAAAGGAUCAUGCUCUUAUUAAACUUAUUUAAUUUAAAGUCAGUAUUUUAUCAUGCAAGAGCAUAAAAAAUUCUCCAUUUUUUUUUGGAGCCUCUAAUUUUUAGUAUCUACACUGGCUUGUUUUAUGGUAUGCUUUACUCAUUUCUGGCUAGGAAAAGCCCCACAAGAUUCACCUGUGGAUGUUAUUUAUUUGGUAGGGGUUUUUUUAUUUUGUUUUAUUUGUUUGUUGGUUGGUUUUUUGGUAGGUUGUUUUGCUCAUUGUCAAAAUAUCUCCCAGAUGGAUGUUCUCUGCUGCAGUGGUAGUUCUGGAGCACUCAGCCAGCAGUCCCCUUCUCUUUUCCAGCUCACAAACUGCAUACCAGAAUGGGUACCUCCUUCCAUUCUGCUGUAUUCAGUAAUCCAUCACCAUCAAUUUUUCUUGAAGUUUAAACUAAUGCAUUCCAACCUAUAUUCUCUUUCCUUAUAUUGCUCUUUUUUUGAGAAUUUUCCCUCAUUGUUGAGAGUGCUUCCUUUCAAAAGAAUAAAUUACAGCUAAAGAUUACCAGCAAGAGGUUAUUUCAGUUUUAGUUCUCUUCAAAGCCAACAAUACAUUUGUGAUUGAGGUAAAAGCUCAAGGGAAGUUACAUUUCUAUCAGUUCUUGCUUAGUUCUCUCAUUAAGAGUUCUGGUUGUAACACAGUUCUUUCCACCAUGAGCUACAGUCUCAUCCUGUGCUGCUCAGUAUUUCUGACAGUAUUUCUGGGUUUGACCUCGUGCUCAUAGCUGAAGAAAACACUUUAGCCCAACUUUAAUUGCAGGCUCUGAAAGGAAUUUUGUGUUCUAUCCUGAUUUGCAUGGUACUCUGAAAACAAUAGAAGAAAAAGCUGGAAGAAUUUUAAAGAAGCAAUAAAGAAUUAGUUGUUCUUAAAAACUGAUGAUUAAACUUGAAAUUUUGUUUAUUGGAAAUUUAUUUUAAAUUAUUCUUCAGCCAGUACUCAUAUUUUUGUCUUCAGUUUUCUUCAUUUUCACAGAAUUUCAGUUCUUUUGUCUUCCAAAUACAUAUUUCUGUUUAUUACUGUGUUGGUUUUUUAAAUUUAAUGCCAUUUUUUUUUUCAAAGUGUGUGUUUUACAUUUGUUUUGUGCAUGUUGCUGAAGGAGGAACAUUAACUCAUCCCCUAUGUCCAGUCUCUAGAUUCCAUGUAAAGCCUUUGUUCACUAAUAUUCACCUAAAUUUUGCAGAGAAUACUGUUAUGUAUUUGAAAAACCAGAAGUAAGUGCUACCAAUUUCAAUGGUUAAAGUUAUUUAAGUAGAAUAUGCGAGACUGAUUUUUCAGAGUAAUCUAUGUAGCUUGAUGCAAAGUAGUUGGUUAUUACUUUGUGUUGGAAUUGUAGAUGUUUUUCUGAUGUUUACUUUGGUUUCUUGUGGUUGUUGUGUGCAAGCACUUGUUUUGCAAACCUAGAAUUCCUGACCUUCAACAGUACUGUAAAUGAACAAUUGAUUUUCUAGUUAUUCUUAUUAUUGGCUGUCUGUAAGAGUGAUUGGUUGCUUUACAAGAAUAGAUGUGUUCUCUAUGUGCAUGCAAAAAUUACUUUUUGGCAAAAUGUAGAGAAGGUGUAAAAAGGUAUACAUCCAUAGCUCUCCUUCAAGGCUGGAGACCUCUUGGAUGGAAACCAGUGCUGCUAAUAAGUGCUUUUUGUGGUACAAAAUUAUUGCAGUUUCUACAAAAUUUAGAGGCACAAAUAUCUGUAUAUGUAUGUGUAUGUAUUUUUUUUUCUUUAGUAACUUAAUGUAUAAUAUUCCUAUUCAAAUGUAAACUACUUGUUCUUUUACAGUAAUGGUCUGUUUUGUGGCUAUGGGGGCUUAAGGCAGAGAAAUGCAAGAGCUCUUUCAGGGCAGUGGAUUUUAGGGAUGAUGGAGACCAGGUAAGACAGUUCCAGGGAGACCAGAUGCAAGAAGUUUCUGAAAGGCAAGGAAUCCUGCUGGGAGGGCUAGUGGGGGCUGUGCUGGGGGACUUUGGGAGCCCAAACGCUCGGUGCAGUUCCUGAGUCUAUCCUUAGUCCUCUCUAUGCCAGCAGAGGAUAGUGUGAGUUCAUGGUAGGAAUUUAAAGGUAUGGAAGAAAAGGGAAGCCUGCCCUGCCCUUAAAAACAGAAAAGUUGUGUUUUGGUAAGCACCAAAGGCAGAUAAAUGAUUCCUCUGUGUAGUCUGAGGUGCCCAUUCUUAGCUUCUAAUAGGAAGAAGAAAGUCCUCUUGAAACUUCAGCCCAGGGCUGUAGACUCUUUCUUUACCUGUUACCAAGGAAAACAAACUUUUCUUCCCAGCUGAAUUAACUUACUGCUUUCCUCAUCCCACUGACUGCAGCUCAGUAUCCACCCAAAUAUCUCCACACUUACUAAAGCUUCCACAGAAAUCCCAUGCCCUCAGGUCCUCCAAUUCUCAAUGUUUCACUGUUGAACUGUUGAAGGAGCUGCUGAGUUCACUGCACAGGUAAACACUGAUGAGCUUUGCCCCAUCAGUUUUUCUCCCUCCUUCCCUGCGUACGUAUAUUCCUUUAAAUUGAGGUUUUUUACUUGCUUGCUUCGAGGUCUGUCAUCAUUAUCAGAAUUAAUAUGAAGGGACUCCAUUUCACAGACCAUUUGCAUUCACAGCAACUGAAAAGAUUUGAUAAAACAAGGAGGAAAGGAUGUCUUCUUCCAGCUCUUAGGGACGGCCUCUUUCAGACCACUUGAAUUCCUGAUUCUGUCUGUGGAUAGUAGCUGCCUGUUAGGUUGUCUGUCUGUUGGCAAAAGUGCAAUUUUCUCCCUUAAGCCUAUUCAAGCAGAUACAUUCUCAGAUGUUUAGGUAGGAAGAAUCUGUUCCAUUAGGGAUAGAAAGUGUGAUACAGCUGAGGAUGGUGCUGGGAAAAGUUACUGCUCUUCAUGGGUCUCAGAUGAGAAAAUUGUCUUUGGUCUGCCUUGCCUUUCUGAACAGAGCUUUCAUAGGAAUGGACUUCAGAGCCUAUCCCAUCAGUGACAAUUACCUUCUCCCAGCAGCAAUGCACCUCAUUAAUGAAUGAAACCAGCCUUAUGUAAAACAGGUGGUGUAAAUUUUUUAGGUCAGAAGCUGUCCAGCUGGUCUAUCCAACAGCAGCAGCUAAGGUAUGAUUUGGGGGGGAAGGAGGGGAGAACAAAUAACAGGAGUGUAUGUGCAUGCAUUUUUUUUUUCCAGUAUAAGCUCUUACAUCUUAGUAUCCCAUUCCAUUUCUGAUGCACAUGACAAAUGACAUGUUUAUAUUCUGAAGGGAUUUGAAGUGUUUUCUAGAGAAUCUUCAAAGGAGUGAUCGUAAACAGUACUGCUGUAUCAUACAAACUACUAGUAUAUGUUUGUCAAUUAGGACCUCAUUUUGUUGUUGUACAGAAGGAGUUUUAAAAGCAUAGAAAGCUUUACGAGGACAAAUACUGAGUGUCUUUGUCCUAAAGAGUCUUCCCUGGACAUGAAAAUAGGAGCUGUGGGAGUAAUUCUCAUCAGUAGUCUGGUAGCCUCUGAUAGAUAGAAUAAACCUUGCAAAAAGUAUCCAAAUGAUGGUCCCUUACACAGGUUACCUCUGGAUACUUAAUGGUUUUAAAAUACAUUUGCAUACAUAUAUAGAUGUAUGUACCUCAAAAUGGUAACAUGGCUAUAGUUGUUUGCACAUAGUUCUUUAAUACCAUUUUAAUUACACUUAUCUGCAUUAAAUAUUGAAGAUAUUUUAGGGCAUAUGUAAUCAGAUCUUUUAAUGUGGAUAAUUGGAAUUCAUGUUUUUACUACAACCAUCCUUUGCUCUCUUCAGCGCAGCUCAGUUGGUCAUUUGGCAUGUACUGGCUUCUGUUAAUGAGAUUCUGCCUGUUUAAACAAGAGCAUGCUGUUCUAAGCAAAUUAAAUUUCUCACUCUUCCUGAUCAUUUUCUAAUAGGGAUUGAUAAGGCUCAUCAUGAAAAUCUGUUUGUAGUAUAAAAGUUGAUUUCUGGGUCCUCACUAGGAAUGAACUAGAGAACAAAAGCUGACACACUAUUGGAUCUGCUGUUUGGACAUUUGUCUAAUGUACUUGGAUUUCUAAAGCAGGACAGUGUCAAUGCAGCAUAAACUGCCACUGAAAUACUGUAAAAAUUUCAACUCUCUCCCUUGGUCAAAUGUUGACAGUUCAGUGGCUCCAGGAAACAUCAUAGGAAUAUUUCUGGUCUUCGGAGAGCAGUUUCUGUCAGUAGAUACUAUUUAAAGCAUAAUUAGGUGUGGCAAUCAAGUGGCAGUAGGAGAGCCAGAAACAGAGAGGCGUGUGUUGGCAGAUCAGUGAGAGAGGGAGAAGUUCAGUCCCAGUGUCCUUGUGCCAGACUAACAUUCUCUGUGCUAGUCCUGAUAGCACCCUUGAGAAGCAGUGAUUGUCUUUCUGUGCUGACAUAGCUGUUCUUUCUGCUUGCCCACUCAAGAAGUUCUACAAGCAUUCAAGGGACACGGAGAGCAUGAAGAUGUGUAAGAUCUUAUGAGAGGGCCUGCAAGGAUGAAACAGAGGAGAUUAAAGUCUGAUGACGUGACUUCUAUGUAAUAUACUUUCUUUGGUGGGAGGAAGAGGAUUUUCCAAUAGAGAUUAAAAAACAUGAAGCAUUCCAAGCUACCCCUCAAAGCCACCGUGCUCAGAGUCUGAAAGGAUCAUUUACCUCUGAGACUACUCCAGCUAACUGUUGAGAGACCAGAGCAGAGAACAGAAGAGGAAGAGAAAUUUGCAAAAUGCUGCCUGCAGGAGAUAGAAAGCUCUCAAAGUUACAGCUGAAGACUUCAGUUUUUCGUGGCUGAAAUGGCUCACUUUGGAUGUGCACUAGUUACCUUCUGAAUGCAAACUGGUCUGAUAACUCCAUGUUUCUGGGUGUUGACAAAGCUGUUACCGCAUCUGAGGUGUUCUGUACAUGGAAGCAGAUGGAGGAAGUGGGAACAUUCUUAACCUUACUUCUACUGAGAACAGAUGAUCUGUGGAAAGAGGAAUUUACCAGUUAAAAUCAAUAUCCUCACAAUAAUUUGGUGGGUGUACAGGUUUUUCAUGUCAGGUGCUAGUGCAUGUCUAACUUUGUACAUAAUACAAGCCAUAAAAUUGCCUCUCAUUAGCCUGUUGUCUCCUACCCACUGUACUCAAUGCUUUUUGGGAGUGGGGAAAUUGUUUUAACAUGUUCUAAUUUUCCACUUUUCUGCUUUUCUCCUGUUGCCUCUUUUUCAUACCCAGAGCAGCACAGAAACAAAUUUCUCAUUUAAAAAAAAAUUUCUCUAUAUUCAAUUUCCCGUGUUUUGGAGUUUCUUCUUUGCUUUAUUAUGCUGGAGUUUGAUUUCUUACAUGACUGAAAUGUAAGCUAUCAUUGUGUUUUGCCUAAGGCGUGGGAAAUACUGGGGUAAGCUUCACUGCAGAAGUCCUCAGAGGUAGCACCUGGCACAGGUACUGCUCCUGCACCUGCAUCUCCACACAGGCCAGCAAAAACACAGAACUGUGCUGAUGACAGCAAUGUCUUGCACUUUGUGUACCAGCAUGUUAUCAGUACAAAGUUAUUGCUGUGAAUCCAAAUCAGUCUGUGGGUCUGCCCCACUGUGUCCCCACAAAUGACUUUGGGCACAGCUUGAAAGAGCACAGGAGACAGCCAGGAAGUUCUUAGUGCUCAACUUUUAGUGUGUGCUUCUGUAUUGAGUUCAGGUACCCUGGUGUGGGUGGCCCCGUGCAGGACACAGCUGAUUCCAGGCAGCUCUGCAAGGAACCCACCACAGGAUGCAGCUGAGUACAUCGGUGAAGCACAGCACAUCUGUGGAGGUCUCUAAGAAAGGGCAAAAUGCUGCAUGUCAGAGGAGGAAGGUGAAACAGUCAUCUGAGCACCAAGGUGAGAGAAGGAGAGGGAGGAAUUGCUCCAGGUGCUGGGGCCGGUGUCUUCCCUGCAGACCACAGAGCUAUGAGCAGGUGCAGAUUUUUCUGAAGGAACUGGAGUCCAUGGAGAGGAGCCAUGCCAGAAUAGGCUUCUGCUGAAGGACUGCAGCCUGUGGAGAGGACCCAUGAUGGAGCAACAGAAAGAAGCUGUUACAGACUGACUGCAAUGCCCCUAUUCCACUUUGCCCUGUGCUGCCUUGGACAAAGGGAGACAGAGAAAUUGGGAGUUCAAAGUGUGAAGUUGAGUCUGAGCAAAGAGGGCAACAGGAAGGGAAUGUGCUGUUUUAAUUUGCUUUUGUUUCUCAGUGAUUUAAUCUGUUUUAAUUGGCAAUAAAUUAAAUUAGCUUUCCUCAUAUUGAUUCAAAUAUUGAAGUUUACAUUUGGAUGCAAGUCAUGGUGAAAAAACCUGAUUUCUGUUUGAUCACUGCAAGUCACUAUUGCCUUUAAUUUUUUAAGUAAUCAAAUUUUAAUUUUUAUUAAUUCAUUCUGUAUGAAGGAAGUAGUAUAUCUUGUCUAAAUCAGGAAUUGCAUUUCUGGAUGUGUUCUGGUUAGGCCUUUCAAGUUCAGCAUACUCACCUGUUCACCAGAGUAGAUCUCAGGUAGAUAGUAACUCAGGAACAUGUCUAAUCCAUUAUAUUUCAGCUGGAAAAGAAUACCAGCCAUAUUUUUACCCGUUUGAGCAUGGAGGAGUCAUUCUGAGGAGAGGAUGCUGCAGCAGUAGAUUCUACUUUAUCUACUUUGGUAAAGCUGUUCUUACAGGUAUUAAGGAUGUGGCAUCUUCCCAGUGUUACAUCUAGCAGUGCUUCAGAAUUGAGAAAAGUUUGUGGUGAGUGGCAUCUUUGGUGAAAGUGCUGUUAAUUUUGGGAAAAUAAAUAAGCAGUUUGGGAAUGAGAUUUAUAUUCUUGUGCUUUUCAGAGCUAUUCCUGAAUAAGAAGGGAAAUUCCUUUAGAGGGUAAGUUUUAUAUAUAUGUCCUUACACCACCUUUAGAAAAUACCUGACACUGGACAGCAUAGGUAUCUAGACAGGUAUCUAGGUGACAUGACACACUUACUAGUUUAUAAUCAAUGCACUGGAAUAUAAAAUUGAUGGAUAGCUUCCAUUAGCUAAUUUUUUUUUUCCGUCCUCUCUCUUUACAUUUCACUCUAAAGAGAAGAGUCUCUGUUAAAGUGAACAUGGUGGAUUGUUAGUUGUCCAUAAAACUGUUUAUGAGCAGUUGGAUGAAAAGGACUUCUUUGAUAAUGAAUUAGAUGAGCUUCAGAAAGAAUGGCACUGUCAUUGUAACUUCAAGUAUUUUCUUCCAAUGAUAUCUCUCGCUAUUGAUUAUUGUCUUACUGUUUAUUUGUUGUCUAAUUUAUUUGUUAAGCUCUUCUGGCCAUGUCAGGGCCAUAGAAAUAAUGCAUGUGGCAAUUUUCUUUUCUCUUGGAAGUUUUAUAAAAGGGAAAGGAAUUCUUUAUUUGGCAUUUAUCUACCAGUUGCUCUGGAAAAAUCCAUGAUUAUAUGUGUUCCAUAGCUACCAAAAAAUCUUUUGUGCUGAAGUAUUCCAUAAACUUGUGAUUUUUUUCUUGGAUCAGGCAAAGUGAAUUUGACAUCUUUAAAAAAUGAAUAAAAGGCAGACUACAUGGGAGCCAAAUUUAGCAUCUUCAGGAGCUGUGACCUAGGGUUCAUCAGUUGCAAUUGUAAAAAGAUUGAUGUUUUCGUAGUGAAAUGUUUUUAUUAAUCUAGUUUCAUCUAUGAACAAAAGUGUCUCCAUUCCUCUUAUUUCAGACUUCUGAACUCCUUUGCAAAAUGAGAAAUGCUAGUGAGAUUAGCUAAUAACUGCAAAAGUGGAAAAGUUUCACUGGGGACAGGUGCUAACAAAAUGUACCAUAAAGUCAGCCACCAUAAUUGACAUUAGUAAGGUAAGAUCUUUCAGAGAUUAACUACAGGCUAAUGCUUUUGGUGGUACACUGAUGUUUAUUCUGAUCUUGCAAACAAAAGUAAUGUUUAUGAGCCAUUGCAGAAAGAACUGGGAAAUAAAGCACUUUGUAAAAUACCA